UUCAGGAGUUUCUUUAGAAGAAGAAGAAAGAAGUAAACAUGGCGGCCGUGUCUCUACGAAACUCUGCGACCUCACUGUUGUUGUUCAGCCGUAGGUUGUUGGUUCCGUCUCUAAAUCCCGUUUGUUCUUAUCACAAAAAGGUGGUGGAUCACUAUGAAAACCCAAGAAACGUGGGCUCUCUGGACAAAAACUCAAAGAGCGUGGGGACCGGGUUGGUGGGUGCACCAGCCUGUGGUGAUGUAAUGAAGCUUCAGAUCCAGGUGGAUGAAAAUGGCAAGAUAGUGGACGCAAAAUUCAAGACGUUUGGCUGCGGAUCAGCAAUUGCCUCCAGUUCUAUUGCAACAGAAUGGGUGAAAGGGAAGUCGAUCGAUGAUGCUCUGAAGAUAAAGAACACAGACAUUGCCAAAGAACUCUGCCUUCCUCCAGUCAAGCUCCACUGCUCUAUGCUCGCAGAAGAUGCCAUAAGGGCAGCGCUGUCUGACUACAGACUAAAACAACAGGACAAGGAGGAGACUCGUGUGAAGGCCAGCGGUUAAAGUGCUGUUAUUUACCGUCCUAUAUGGCGGUAUCCCAUCCAUAUUUCAGCACCAUCCGGUGUCUUGCAGCAGAGAAGUGCUGUAUGGAGGAUGAGCUGCCAAUAUACUACAUCAGGUCUUGCUCCCCUCUGGGAUUUCUGGGAGUUUUAAAGCCUGUAUAAACCUUCAAGGCUGUGUGAUUGUUAGUCUCUUGAACUCAAGCCUGGAUGUUCAAGUUCCAGGUGUUAACGGUGUUUAAUGAAUUAAUUUCAUCAUAUUAUCAGAGAUCACAAUAUUUGGGAAUACUGUUUCCCAAUUUGUUGUGUUUUUCUACAAAAAUAAGACAGGAGAUGCGGGAAUACUGUUUCCCAAUUUGUUGUGUUUUUCUACAAAAAUAAGACAGGAGAUGCAUCAUACACAGAAACUGAAGGGCAGGGGCUUUUUUCCCUCUGUGUAUUUUGUUUUUAUUUUGGCUUGACUGUGUAAAACUUCUGCUCCCUCAUUGAUGGUUCAAGUCAAGAACUGAAGUACACUUACAACACCAUGAUGCAGAAUAUUGUAUCCGACUGUUCAUAUUGUGCAUUAAACGAAUAAAAACAUU